GUCAAUUGUCAAAAUAAAAAUCACAUCACAAUCGCUGCUUCAUAUGAAUUUAACUUUCAUUUUUUAAUUAUUUUAUUGAAUAUGAACUAAUUGAGCGAUACCCAUUGUCAUAUUGUAAAUUGUGUAUUUGAAUAUAACAUAAGAAUGAACAACAGUACGGAACAAAUAUUUAUUGUAAAUUCUCCUGGAAAUCAUUCAGAAAUUGGACCGCAAAAAAAUUCCGAAAAUACAUCAAGCCAAGUCAACCUCGAGAGUAAGUAUAAUCCAUCGUUGUGUUUACAAUUUAGAAAUAAGUAAACCAAGAUAUUUUAUAACCUUAAAUGUGAGUAUUAAGUAUUUGUUGCAAUACCGACGUGUAAUAGCUAACAGGCUAUUAUUCACUAAGUGUAUUAUUAAAUAAUUUCAGAUGUUGAAGAUUUCUCAAAUGUGUGCCGCACCUGUGCAACUAUUACUGAAUUUGUUAUUCCGAUCUUUAUGGGAGAAGGCUUACAGAAUAACCUAGCAGAUAAAAUACGUAAACAUUUACCAAUCCAAGUAUGUAGUUUUCACAAUUCUUUCAUUGGGUACUUUUACUGUGGGUAAAUUAAUUGUAUACCAAAGUAUAGUGUUGUAAAGGUCAACUAAAGAAAAUACUGUAUAAUAUUUCUUUAUGUGAUUCAUCCUAUACCAUUCGUCUGAUGAAACUGGUAGGUUGUGUGCAUGCCUGUGAAUGUUUCUGACAAAAAAGGCAUUGCAAUGCAUAUACAUAUUAGAGCACAACUGGUAUAAUAUAAUUAAAUAUUGAAUAUGAUAUUUCUGUUUACCAAAUAUAGAAAUUUGUUUAUGCAGGUAUUAGAACAAGAUGUCCUACCACGAGUGGUAUGUUACCAGUGUGCCAGCACAUUGUUGGCGUGGCAUGAACUAGUACAAUGCUGUGUGCAGGCUGACAAAGCAUUAAAGACCCGCCUUGCAGUAAUACAACAUGUAAUAAACCUAUACUUUUUUAUUCAUCUUCUUUUUAAAUGGUAUUUAAGGAUGUUUGAAACUAAUAGAUGUACAUUUUUAUUAUGCAUUACAACUAUUAACAAUUAAUAGAUUUUGUGAGACAACAAAAGUAAAAUUAGUUUUGUGCAUUACUUGUCAUAUAUUAUUGUAGUUUUCUUAUUAGGACUGGUUUUAGAGCAAUGCGGAUACUUUGAGGAAACUCACCAAAAAUAAUUUUAAUCUUCUAAGAAUUGUUGCCCAUGACAGCCAGGACAAAAUUAAUAAAAAUUUGGUAAUAAAUGGAUAAAAAUUUAACUUAAAGGUGCAGAAUUUAGAGUAAAAUAAAAGUUUUUUGAUUAUUUUUGGUGACAGAAAUUGAAUUAUAUAUAGCAAAGUGAACUGUACUGGUGGUAGUGGGAUGGGAUUAGGUUUUGAAUUUGCAACCAACACAUAAAUGGAGGGACUAGCUCUGUUGGAUGAAUGCAUUGCGACCAGACGUGGCAAUGUAACACUACUAUGAAACCAAUGUCUUGCAUUCCACACGCAUUCUAAAACCAGCCCAAAAGAAACACAUAUAUUUAAAAGAUUAUAAUAUAUACAUAUCAAUCAAAUAUCAUUUCUUAUUAGGGUGUUCAUGUAAUAUAUUAUGUAAUGUGUUUAUUAAAAAUUUCCAGAUGAAUUUAAUUGUGAUUUUGUUUUAAUAAAAUACUUUUUCAGAAUCAGAAGAACUCAAAGCAUGAAGCUGGGGAAAACAUACACAAGGAAUCUCAAGCAAAGUAAGUUUCUGCUCAUUUUUAUAUAUAUUUUAGCAUUUUAAAGUCUAAAACCAUAGAUUAUAUGUACUCUUUCAGGUCAAGAAAAUUAUUAUGUGUUUCAAGUAUUAAAAAAGUAUUGACAGAAUAUUUCAAAUUAUCAGAUGAGGAUUUGGAUCAUUCAGGUUUAGAGUUUAUAUGUGAAAAAUGUGACAAUGAAUCGAGCUUUCAGACACUACAAAGCUUUGUUGAACAUCUUAAGUUGCAACAUAAGUUUGAAAUCAAAGACAAUAAGUCAGUAGAAAAUUUUAUGAAAGAAUAUGUAUCUAUUGUGGAGAUGUUAGUUAGUGAAGAUCAAAUAGCUGAUCUGGAGCCAGAAAAAGGAAUGGUGGAUGUGAAAAUUCCAAGAUUCUAUUGUCCCUUCUGUGAAAACGCAUUUUCUUCUACUACGCGUCUUAUUUGCCAUUUGAAUCAACAUGUUGAUGUCUGUAUUGAAAAAGGAGUUGCAUGCUGUGAUAAUGUUUAUAAGGAUACAAAAUCCUUUGCAGUACAUCUGCAAGAGCGGCAUGUAAAUCACCCUCCAAAUGCUACAAAUAUAUGCCAAAGUUGUGGUUUUGCUGCUGAAGAUAGUCAACAACUUCAGUCACAUGUAAGUAAAGAACAUUAUGUAGAAAAAGAUGACGUAAAUAACGUCAAAGAAAGGUUGGAAAACCAUGACAGGUGCCAGAAAUAUAUACCAGCUGUGUGUCCCGAAUGCAACAAAACAUUUUCAAACAAAUACAACAUGUUAGUUCACAUGAAAAGCCAUAAUGGAACAACAGAAAAGUUUCAUUGCAAUCGUUGUAACAAAACAUACAAGAGUCAAGCUAGUCUUAAAUUCCACCAAAAAGUAUCCCAUGAAGGCAUACUAAGCUUUCUUUGCUCUUACUGCGGAGAGGCGUUUCCUUCACGUGUUGAGCGUGAUGUUCAUACUAGAAUACACUCCGGAAAAAAACCAUACACAUGUAAAUAUUGCGGCAAUUCGUACCGCGCGAAAAAUACUUUAGACCGUCAUGUAGAAAUUCACCUCGAUAUUCGCAAAUACGAAUGUCACAUUUGCUCAAAGAAGUUCAGAAAGCGAACACAUCUUAAUUACCAUUUAACCACGCACAAGCGGAAGAAAUAAAGUAACUGGGUUCUUUGUUGCAGAUGGACACCCAGCCGCGUCAACUACGACGCGUAUCUUACGGGGGUUGAAGCAAAAACUGAACUGAAAAAUAAUACUAUAAAAGUUCAAAAUUUCAACGCUGUAUCCGCAGUAGAUGAAACCGUUGAAAUGGACGAUAGAUCGGAUGAUGACCAACCCUUGGCUACAAUAGCUACAAAAAAGUCGACUAAUUUGUAUAAAAAAUUCUAUGAUGCCCUUGUUAGUUUUAGGAACCAUUUUGUCUCUGAACACAAAGAAAUAAAAUGCGAAUAUCCAGAUUUUACAGACUCAAGCGAUUCUGAAGAGAUAAUGGACGAUCAAAGUGAAGACGGAGAUAAAGAUGUGAACAAAUUCGAUGAUUUGACUAAAUGUAAUAUGCGUAUAGAUAAAAUGAACGACGAGACUAGAUUGGAACUGAACGAGGUGCAAAGAAAAAUCAACGGGAAAGUAUUUUUCACGUGCAAAAUUUGCGACAAGAAUUUGAGUUCGGCGCAUACAUACAUUUUUCAUAAACGAAUCCAUACGGGCGAGAGACCUUGCGUGUGUCACAUAUGUGGAAAACAAUUCCGAGCCCCGAAUGGCCUACAGAGGCACUUGACGGAAACGCACGAACGUCUGCGACGUUACGCGUGCAAGUUUUGCCCAAAGAACUUCACAAACACGCAAAAUUUGAAGCAGCAUAUUCGUAUACAUACUGGUGAGCGGCCAUUUGUCUGUACGAAUUGCGGCAAAAGAUUUACUCAGAGCGGUUCUUUGCAUGUGCAUUUAAAAACUCAUAGCGAACACUUUCCCUUCCAUUGCGCGGAGUGUGGAGCAAAAUUUAGGCUACGAGCAGGUCUGACAAGGCACAGAUUAAAACACAGCGGUGAACGACCGCACGUCUGUGUGCACUGCGGUAAAGGCUUCCGCCAUAAGCACGACCUUUACAGUCACGCGUUGUCCCACACCGACCCAAAACCACACACAUGUAGUGUUUGUAACUCUGCAUUUAGACAGAAGAGGGCGCUGAAGCACCAUUACAAAAGAGUGCAUGAAAACGAACCUCCUAGAGAAGUUGUAAAUCAUUUAGUUUUCAAUCAGUUAGAGCAGUAUCAGUGAUUAUUUUGCUGAUUUAUUUCAAAGGUACCCAAAAUGAUUAUGCAAAUAAAAUUAAUAUGUUUACACUCGUAUUUUUAAUGUAUCCAUGUAUAUAACAAUCUACUAACAUAAUUAAAUGCAUUUACUUUUCAGUCCCAUAUUAAAUGAAUGUGAAAUAAAAGUAGAAAGAUCAAACGAUUUCGAAAGUGAUACCACACAUGUAG